AUGUAUUUGGACGAUAUUUACAAGCGAUACUAUUACAACAACUACCGAAACAGAAAUAGUAAUUGGUAUACUUACAGAUGGUUACUUUGGCUCAUCCUUGUCCCGGUUCUCUUCAUUCUCGUGGCUCUCUUCUUUUUGAGAAGAAGAAGAAGAAGAAAUCGUCAGGUAACUAUGCAACCUAAUAACCAAUACUACGAGACUCAGCAAGCUGGAGGAUACUACAAUGGUCAGCAAGGUGGAAACUACGGCGAUACCUCCACAUAUCCUCCCCAACAACCAGGUUAUGGUGGAAGUGGCUCGUACCAACAAGGGUACAAUAGAGAAGCAGAAUACAAUGUUAAUGGUGAUGACUUUUCUAGACCAGAAGGUCCACCUCCAGCUCAUUACAAGGCAUAG